AUGAGCAACGCCUUAGCCCCAGCUAAUUCCAACGCAUCUAACAAAAUAACAGGACAAAAGUCGCAGCCUUCAUACUCUACUUUCGUAUCAUCCAACCUAACCCCACAAUUUGUUGGCAAUACAAACACCAAAUCGAGACCAAAACCGAGUCUAGGCUCAACCAGUAGCUUUCGCUUAUCACGUACCAAUACAAGUGGCACUGAUGCGUACUUGAGCAGUACUACACAGGAUGCACAAAGUUCUGUAACAAUAGAUAAGAUCCCUAGCGCCAAGCCUAGUGUUACAUAUCUGGACAAAUUAUGGACUCAGAUAGAUGUGCUUGAUGACGUCAAGCGUAUGGCGGAUGAAGUAAGAGCAAAGGGCUCUUUUUUUGAUGAGAAAUUCACCAAAGAGAUGGAGAAAUUGAAGAUUCUGCAGGACAAGUUGUAUAAAUUAUUGUCGCUGCCGCAGUUUGAUAGUCUACAAGCAAAGGAAACACAGAACCAACAAUUGUAUCAACUUAAUACAAACGUGCUCUUGUCCCCAGUUGUUUCCCAACCAGGUACUCCACCGCUUCAAAAGCCAUCUGGUGUCCCACUUGCACGAGGUGCGACAAAUGAGAGCAAUCAAACUACUCCGCUGCUGGACGGAAAGAGUAAUGACCUUGAAGAUGAACAUCAACAGCAAACCCAAGAGGGCCAAGGUUGCGCUAGCGAAAAUGCAGAUGAAGUGAAUGCCAAAUUAAAGCUUGAGGAAGAAAACAAUAAAAAGAAAAAGAAGCGACAAGAGGAGAAGAUCAAUGAGUUUUUCGCCAAUGAUGAAAUCAAGUUUGAGAACCUUGGUGUGUAUAAUAAAGCUACUUUUGAUGAAAUUAGUGGGUAUGUGCAACAGGUGAAACAGGAUCUUCUGGGUCUCGGCGACGCUAUCAAAACCUUUGACGAGUCAACAAAGGAUAUCUGGUAG